AUGGGAUAUGUCGACAGUGCAUCUACAAUGCAAAUGAUGAAAGAUGAAGGAUUUAAGGGAAAUACGGGAAUUCACAAUCUGGUGAAAUAUCUUAAUAUGUCCAAUAAGACGGGAGGAAAUGACACAGUUAUUCAUUCGCCUGAUAACGUCACUAAUACAAUAGACACGGAUAAUAGCAUUGACGUUUCUAAGGCAGUUGGAAUAGGUAUUUCCAUGGGCCUAAUUGUAUUGUGCUCGUUUUUAGGCAAUAUACUCGUCGUUUUAGCAGUCACGACAAACAUCAGAUUAAGAACUAUAACAAACUACUUCAUUGUAUCACUUGCCAUUUCUGAUUUGCUAGUUUCCAUUCUAGUCAUGCCACUAAGUAUAAGUGUCAUCAUCACAGACAAAUGGUACUUAGGAUUCUACGUCUGCGAAAUGUGGAUUACUUUAGACGUGAUGCUGUGUACAUCAUCUAUAUUAAAUUUAUGUUGCAUUAGCGUCGAUCGUUAUUUUGCGAUCACUCGACCUCUUGCGUAUGCAAGUAAACGAAGUAAAAGACUUGCCCUUGUAAUGAUAGGAGUCGUGUGGAUUCUCUCUGUUCUCAUUACCCUACCUCCAAUAUUUGGCUGGCAAGAACAAGGGAGAGGAAACAAUGAGGCAGUCUGUAUGUUAACGUCAAACCCCGGCUAUAUUAUUUAUUCCUCUAUGGGGUCGUUUUGGGUACCGAUGGCAAUUAUGUUAUUUGUUUAUUCUCGCAUAUUUAAAGUCACGCGAGAGCGAGAAAAACGCUUGAGGCCAUACCGACGGAGCAUUAUGUUGAGUCGGCAAAAAUCUGCAGACGUGAACACCUCUAGCUCAACAGAAGACAACUCCCAGGAGUACGAAAGUGAAGACUUGAAAUCCCAUCUUAGAACUAAUAGCUUAUGGAAGAGAAACAAUAAUCCCCCAUCUUCCGAACAAAUCAUCGGAACAAGGUUAUCUUGUCCACGAAAAAACAGUUUAGUUGCAUUACAAAAUACCACGGAGAAAAAUAACGGUGCUCAAACACCAAUAUUUUCUCGCAACCGUCCUAGCUUUUAUAGAGACGGUGGUCACCUAAGUAACGGAAGGACGCCAUUAUUUAAGUUUAAAUCAAGCAAAAAAGAUGACAAACGACGUGAACGAUUUCAUUUAUUAAAAGAGAAAAAGGCGGCUAAAACGUUGGCGAUCGUCGUUGGUGCAUUCACUUUUUGUUGGCUACCUUUUUUCAUUAUGUACGUCACUAUGCCCUUCUGCAAACAUUGCUCUAUACAUCCUGUUAUCGAGGUAUUGAUCACAUGGUUGGGCUAUUGUAACAGCGUUAUUAAUCCAUGUAUCUAUGCCUUUUACAACAAAGAUUUUCGUUACUCCUUUUGGAAAUUGACUUUCGGCCAGUUUUCUAAUAGAGACCGAGAAUCGGCUAUUCAUCUUUGAUUGAAUAUCGUAAUGAAGUCAGUAAUGUCGUGAGUGCCUCUGAGGAUUAGGACAUUACAGGUUUAGACUCAUUAACUAAGAUAAAUCACCAGUUAUGCAGUUGCUGAAUAUGGUGAUAAAACGAAAUUGGGAAAUAUCGUAAGGUACAUUCAGGAUUUAAUCGAUUAUCGUAAUUGCAUGAUAAAGUAUACAUAGACUCUUUCUUGUUCUGUCGUUAUUUGUGAACAAAAACAUUAUUGACAUUAAGAGAACCGUUGUGCUUUCAAUCUGUUCCGAUAAAAGUCUGAAUUAAAUUCAAUCAGUAGGCGAGUCCUGAUCCUCUAUGGUAGUUAAGCCUUUUAUUAAAGGUACAUUGAAAUACUUUUGCUAACUGUGACGUAAUUUGAUGAAACGUAGAUCUUUCCAAUAUAUUUGUACAUUUACAUACGACAUUUUGAUUUUAUCAUUGCGCUGAACGUAUUUGCAACAACGUGAAUGUCGGCUUCUCAAUUUACUUUUGAGUUGUAAAACGUCGCCCUCUUAAUAAGAGUGGCGUAUUCAUUAACCUGUCUCUCUAUGAGAAUCUCAUAAAGAUUUAUAUACAAAUUAUACAGGGCUAUAAGCAUACAGUUCAGAUCUAUGUGACCCAUAACGUUGCGAUAGGCACACGAUUAAGAGUAGAUUAAUCUACAUAUACCUUUAGGAUGAUCUGUUUUUUUGCUGGUCUGGAUUUAUCGGACAUUUUGUUAUCAGACAUUAGUUUUUUGUCAGUGAAACAUUGGUCUUCUAUGGGAGAAUAACGAUUCCACUUUAUUAAGGCAUGUAAAAAUGUGACGCUGUGUUAGGAUGACUUUCAGCGAGGUUUCCACAUUAUUCAUAUCCCAUUUGAAGUACGGAAAAUGUAAAAAUCAUUUUAAAAGAAAAUUAGGGUCUUCUU